UCAAUGUCACUUCAAUGUCAUCACAAAAUUCACAACAUUCGAUUUUUUUACAAAAAUAAACAAUAUCCAUUCGGUUAUGGCAUAAAAAAUUUACUGUGACAACAAAAAAUGAGUUCUCCGCCUCAAGACCCGUCUACCCCGAAGCCGGGUUCUCCGGGAGCUGCGUCACCGGUUAAAGUAGCUUCUCCAGUUCGGAUUUCAAAUACUCCUUCACCAGGAACGGGUUCUCCAAGGAAAGUUUCUUCAUCAAAAAGAUCUUCAGAUGUUAAUGUCGCGAAAGAAGAAGACGACGAUGAAGAUUAUUACACGAGGCCCGAUUUCAUUUACGGGGGGCCCUUCAUUGGUGUAAAAAAACCUUCGCCGUUUAUUGAUACAGCGACGCCCAUGAAUUUGCCGCUGCAGGGCACGUUUAAACAGAGUUUUGCUUACUUCACUCUGAAAGAAAGGAUACCAGUGAUUUUGACCAAAAUAAUAGAUUAUUUAUCAAGAGAAGGAUCAAAGAUAAAAAGUGCUCACGGGGCGUCAGAUGACGACGUAAGGAAAUUCAUGCAAUAUGUAACAAAGUUAAAGAACGAUUUAGUUACGAACAAGACGUAUGAUGAUUUACAAGUAGAUACGCCUAACGCUCGCUUGUGGAACGCCUGGAUAGCCGACCAGGAACAUAAAAAGUAUUUUAAUAAUACCUUUCUGUUUACCGAAUGUUAUGUGUACAGGAGACUUAAGGAAGGCUGUGAAUUAACGAAAGGUUUAGCUAAUUUUGAUUAUUUUGAAGACCAAAAAAUCUCGGCAUUCGAGAACAACGUAGAAAUAAUGUGUAUAGUUGCCGAUAGAAUGAUAACUAUGAUCAAUAAGUCGGAUAAGGAAAAACGGAAACAAGAUUUUAUUAUGCUUUUGAAGAUCUGCCUCUGGGCCAACAAAUGUGACCUCUCCCUAACGCUAGGGUCUCAGGUGAACUUAGUACAAGCGGCUAAAGACGCCACAGAACGCUUGAGGGCCAACCCUCCUCCUCCUCCGCCCCCCACUAAAGGGAACAAGGAGCCUCCACAACAGGGCCCGUUGGUAGUUAGCCACGACCCCUUUCAAAUGGUGUUGGAUUUGAAGGAUAAGUUAUUAGUAGACGACACGGCUAAGAUAGCUGACCAAGUAGUGACGAAAGCCGAAGCCAUGCUGAAAGCUGUAAAUGCGAAUACCACAUUUAAGUUCAAAUGCAGUUGCCAUAGAUUAGCCACAGCGAUCGGUGUACCGAUAUGUAAAGAAGAUCUGCCCCCACCACCUCCCGAGCCUCCUGCAGAAGAGAAGACAGAAGUGAAAGAAGAGAAGAAAGAAGAAGCUCCCAAACAGAUACCAUGUCCAGCUAAAAUGACAGUGCCUCAAGCUGUGUUUUUUGAUAUAGUAUGCGACAACGCUGGAUACGAGCUGUUUGCCGAUCUAUGUCUCGCGCACUUUUUGGUCGCUCAGAAAAUAGUACAAAAGGUCAGAUUUCAUGUCAAAGAUAUGCCUUGGUUUAUAUCAGACGUGACGAUCAAAGAUUUCAAACACCUCAUCGACGCGUGCGCAAACAGUAAUUUUAGUAAAGAGGCAUCUUCUGGUGCUACAGAAGGCGAGGGUGGUGAACCAAAGAUAAUAAAAGCAGAUAACUUGAGAACUCUGGGACAGCAGUGGAACCAGUACUUUACUGAUGGAAUAUUCGUUGUUAUGGCUGAAGACUACUGGACCUACCCCCACGUGUACAAAGACAUGAAGAAAUUCGACCCUAACUUGUAUCGCAAGCUGCAAUACGCCGUCGCGAUCAUGUUUAAAGGCGACCUCAACUAUCGCAAGCUGCUGGCUGACAGGAACUUGAACCCCACGACUGGCUUCGAGGCUGCUUUACAAGGUUUCAUCCCAGCGCCACUGAUAGCAGUCCGCACAGUGAAGGCCGAGCUGAUCUGCGGCCUGCCGAAGGGCAAGUGGGAUGCGCUCACCAAGCUCGAUGCUGAAUGGAUGCAGAAGGGCGAUUAUGGAGUAAUACAAUACUGUCCGAAGGGCGAGCCGCUCAAGAUAUCAGAUCGUCCGUGCAUCGACUACUGUCAAACUUGCUUCGGCGUCAUCUGUCCCGAACAUACGGACAUGUGAACAUAUUAUGGCGAUUGAACUCAUUUUUUGUUGUUUCUAAAACAAUAUUUUUCAAAUAUUUUGGCACAG